AUGGCGCUGCUCCGGCUGGCGGGGGCGCUGCUGACCGCCUGCCUGGUCUCCGUGCUGGGAUCGCGGCGGACGCUUCUGCAGGUCAUCGUCCCUCAGAGAGUCCCCGUGUACGCGUCCGGAAACACGGAAAGGAUGUCCUACGACAUCGUUCUCGGGAACAAGCUGUACACAAUUCACCUGAAGCAACAAUCCAUUUUAGCCAACGAUUUCAGGGUGUACACAUAUACUCAUUCGGGGAGCGUAGUCUCCACGACCCCUUCCAUUCAGCGGGAUUGCUACUAUCAAGGCUACGUCGAAACGUACACAAACUCACUCGUGACGCUCAGCACCUGCACUGGGCUCAGUGGGGUGUUGCUGUUUGAGAACCUGACCUACGGAAUUGAGCCCGUGACGUCCACCUCCGGGUUUCAGCAUCUCGUCUAUCAGAUUGAGUACAGCAGCAGGGACCUCAGUGUUUCGAAAGAGAAUUAUUCCAUUAAGUGGAGUGCAGGAAUGAACCAAAGGGCAAACCCAGGAGUACCAAUCAACUUCAGCACUGUGAGAUAUGUGGAAAUGCACGUGAUCGUCGCCAAAUCUCUGUAUGAUUUCAUGGGUUCUAAUGAAGAUGUACUGGCAAGGAAAAUCACGCAGCUCAUGGGCUUCCUCAACACAAUGUUUUUCAAACUCAACCUGAGAAUUAUCCUGUCCUCCCUGGAGCUUUGGAUAGACAGAGAUAAAAUCUCCACCUUGGGAACGGCGGAGGAGUUGCUGGAAAAGUUUGUGGAAUGGAAGCAGACCCACCUCGCGCUGCGGCCGCAUGACGUGUCCUUCUUGUUUGUCUACCGAAAAAAGGCACCUUCGGUGGGGUCCACGUUUGCCAGGAAGAUGUGUGUCAGAGCCUCUUCCGCAGGGGUCGCUGUGUACCAAGACGGGAUCUUGCUGGAGACGUUUUCGGUGAUCGUUGCCCAGCUGCUGGGAAUCAGCCUGGGCCUGCACUUCGACAACAGCAGGGAGUGCUUCUGUCCAGUUUCCACCUGUGUGAUGAACACCAAAGCAGUGCAGUCCAACGGCGCCAAGUUCUUCAGCAGCUGCAGCGUGAAGGACUUCCGAAACUUCCUGGGGUUCGGCUCGUCGCAGUGCCUCUUGAACAGGCCACGGAUCGAUAUCACGUACAGGUCCCCCUCGUGCGGCAACAGAGUGCUGGAGGAAGGGGAGCAGUGCGACUGCGGCUCGGCAAAGCAGUGUGAAAGCAGUCCGUGCUGCCAGUCCGACUGCACCCUGAAGAGCGGGAAGGAGUGCGCCCAAGGGCCAUGCUGCGUGCAGUGCAAGCUGCGGCCAAAGGGCACCCUGUGCAGAGACACCGUCGACGAGGACUGUGACCUGAAGGAAUACUGCAACGGCACCUCCGCCGAGUGCACCGAGGACUUCUUCGUCCAGGACGGGCAGACAUGCGAGGCUGACACCGGGGUUUGCAUGAAAGGAAUAUGCCAAAGUCCCGAUCGGUGGUGCCGGAAAAUAUUUGGGAAAGAUUCCAGAAGCGGAUCCUUGCAGUGCUAUGAGGAGAUCAACAGCCAGAACGACAGGAUGGGACACUGCGGCUCCACCGCGCGUGGAUACCAGAACUGCCAGUGGCAGUUGUCCGUGCAGGAGAAAGCCUGGACGAGUGCCCGAGGCAUGCCUAGCUAUCGUGUGUGUCGGACCGUGACACUCACCACUGCAGCAAUGGAAGCUGCAGAGCGGCACAGGGACCUGAAGUGUGGCAAGCUAGUGUGUGAAUAUCCAAGUAAGAAGCCAUUUGUUGUGGACAAUACAGCGAUCAUUUACGCCAAGGUGCAGAAUCGCUUGUGCGUCACUCUAGACUACAUGAAAGGGCCGGGUGUGAAGGAUCCCUUCCUGGUCCAGGACGGCACUGGCUGUGGGAAAGGCAUGGUAAGGGCUGCUCUCGGGGCCAUGGAGGACCCUGGUCCGGAUUCGAGCGAACCUCACGGGCUGAGUCCCACGGUGAGGAACUGGCUUCUGAUUGGAUUCUUCCUCUUCCUGCCAGUGAUCGUUGGCUCUGUCAUCUUGAUCAUAAAACUAAAAGACGUCGUUUCGCAUGUCAAGGUGCAAGAGGAGGAUGAGGAGGACUAUGACACGGAAGGAUCUAAAUCUCAGGGAGCGGCCCAGCCAGACAUUGCCAGGCCUGACAACCAGGCGACCAUUUCGGGGCUCCAGUUGUGCUUUUGUCAGGCCAGCCUGAGCCCGAUCUUCGCUGCUGCUGCUGCUUGA